AUGAAUAGGAAUGUUCUAUUUCAGGGGUCACUGUCAUUCAAGGAUGUGGCUGUGGUUUUCACGUGGGAGGAGUGGCAGCUACUGGACCCCGUUCAGAAGAACCUGUAUCAAGAUGUGAUGUUGGAAAAUUAUAGCAGCCUAGUAUCAGUGGGGUAUCAAGUUACCAAAGCAGAUGCAUUCUACCAGUUGGAACAUGGAACACCAUGGAUAACAGAGGAAGAAAUCCAGAGUCAGAUUCAUCCAGGAGAGAAGCCCUACAGAUGUGGUGAGUGUGAGAAAAGCUUCAGCAACAAGUCACAGCUCAUUAUUCAUCAGAGAUCUCACACGGGAGAGAAACCCUAUGGCUGUGAUAAAUGUGGGAAAACAUUCCCCCUUAAGUUUAGCCUCAUUUUACAUCAAAAAACUCAUACAGGGGAAAAACCUUAUGGAUGCAGUGAAUGUGGAAAAGCCUUCAUCCAGAGAUCUGAGCUCAUUAGACAUCAGAGAACCCACACAGGAGAGAAACCCUAUCAUUGCAGCGAAUGUGGAAAAGACUUUAGUGUAAAGUCACUCCUCAAUACUCACUGGAGAACUCAUACAGGAGAGAAACCCUAUGGGUGCAGUGAAUGUGGAAAAACCUUCUCCAUCAGGUUUAGUCUCAUCCUUCACCAAAGAACACAUACGGGUGAGAAACCUUAUGAAUGCAAUCAGUGUCAGAAAGCUUUCACCCAAAAGUCACACCUCACUAUUCAUCAGAGGUCUCACACCGGAGAGAAACCUUAUGAAUGCAGUGAAUGCCACAAAGCCUUCAGCCGGAAGUCCUAUCUCCUUAUUCAUCAGAGAAUUCACUCGGGAGAGAAACCUUAUGAAUGCCUCCAGUGUGGGAAAACGUUCUCUCACAAGUUUAGCCUUAUUAUUCAUCAGAGAAUCCAUACAGGAGAGAAACCCUAUGGAUGCAAUGAAUGUGGGAAAACUUUUCCUAUCAAAUUUAGCCUCGUUUUGCAUCAGAAGACACAUACAGGAGAGAAACCCCAUGAAUGCAGUGAAUGUCAGAAAUCUUUCGUCCAGAAGUCACAUCUUAUUAUACAUCAAAGAACUCACACAGGAGAGAAACCUUAUGGAUGCAGUGAGUGUUGGAAAACUUUCUCCCACAAAUUCAGCCUCAUUUUACAUCAGAAAACUCAUAGAGGAGAGAAAGAAUAUAUUUGUACUGAAUGUGGGAAAGCCUUCCUCAAGAAGUCUCAGCUCACAGAAUGUAAGAGAAUUCAUAUAGGAAAGAAACCCCAUGGAUGUAGUGUAUGUGGGAGAACCUUUUCCAAGGAAUUCAAGCUCACUGAACAUCAGCAAACUCCCAAAGGAGAGAAACCCUAUGAGUGCUGUGAGUGUGGGAAAACCUUCCUCAGGAAACUUCAGCUUACUGAACAUCAGAAGACUCAUACAGGAAAUAAACCGCAUGGAUGCAGUGUAUGUGAGAAGGCAUUCUCCAGAAAGUUCAAGCUAACUGAACACCGGAGAACUCAUACAGGAGAGAAACCUUAUGAAUGUACUGAAUGUGGCAAAGCCUUCUGCAGGAAGGCAGAGCUCAUUAUUCAUCAGAGAAAUGAAAGAGGAGAAAGGCCCCAUCAAUGCAAUGAAUGUGGAAAAGGUUUCUCCAGAAAAUCACAACUCAUUCUACAUCAGAAAACCCAUACAGGAGAGAAAUUUUAUAUACGCAGUGAAUGUGGAAAAGGUUUCAUUCAGAAGGGCAAUCUCUUUAUACAUCAGUGAACUCACACUGGAGAGAAACCCUAUGGAUGCACUGAAUGUGGUAAGGCCUUCAGCCAGAAGGCGUGACUCAUUAAACAUCAGAGAAUUCACACAGGAGAGAAACCCUAUAAAUGCAGUGACUGUGGGAAAGUCUUCACUACAAAGACAAUGCUCACUGUCCAUCGAAGAACUCAUACAGGAGAGAGACCCUAUGCAUGCACUGACUGUGGGAAAGCUUUCUCCUACAUCGCUAAAUCACAGCUCAAUGAACAUCAAAAAACUUACACAGAAGAGAAGCCACAUGAAUGCAGUGAGUGUGGGAAAGCCUUCUCCAGGAAGGCACAACUCAUUAGGCAUCAGAGAACUGAAAGAGGAGAGAAGCCGCACGGAUGCAAUGAAUGUGGGAAAACAUUCAUGAGGAAGAUUCAGCUCACUGAACACCAGAGAACUCAUACUGGAGAGAAGCCCCAUGAAUGUAAUGAAUGUGGAAAAGCCUUCUCCAGAAAGUCACAGCUUAUGGUACAUCAGAGAACUCAUACAGGAGAGAAACCCUAUGGAUGCAGUGAAUGUGGCAAAGCCUUCAGCCGGAAGUGUCGGCUCAAUAGACAUCAGCGAUCUCACACAGGAGAAAAACUCUAUGGAUGCGGUGUGUGUGGGAAAGCCUUCUCCCAGAAGGCAUACCUCCUUGCACAUCAGAGACUUCACACAGGAGAGAAGCCUUAUAAAUGCAGUGAAUGUGGAAGAACUUUCUUUUUUAAGUCGGACCUGACCAAGCAUCAGAGAAUUCAUACGGGAGAGAAACCUUAUGAAUGCAGUGACUGCGAAAAAGCCUUCAGGAGCAAGUCAAAGCUCAUUCAGCAUCAGCGAACUCAUACCGGAGAGAGACCAUAUGCAUGCGGUGAAUGUGGCAAAGCCUUUGCCCACAUGUCAGUUCUCAUUAAACAUCAGAGAACUCAUUCAGGAGAGAGACCUUUCAGAUGCAGAGUAUGUGAUAAAGCCUUCAUGGUUCAGACACAUCUGACGGUAUAUCAGAGAACUCACACAGGAGAGAAACCAUAUGAAUGCUCGGAUUGUGAGAAAGCCUUCUCAAAAAAGGCUCAGCUCAUAAUCCAUCAGCGAAUUCACACAGGAGAGAGACCAUAUGGAUGUAGUCAAUUAUGUGAUAAAGCCUUCAUGGUUCGGACACAUCUCACUGUGCAUCAGAGAACUCACACAGGAGAGAAACCAUAUGAAUGCUCGGAUUGUGAGAAAGCUUUCUCAAAAAAGGCUCAACUCAUGAUUCAUCAGCUAAUUCACACAGGAGAGAGACCAUAUGGAUGUAGUCAAUGUCAGCAAGCCUUCAUCCAGAAGUCAGAUCUUACUAAUCAUAAGAAAACUCAGCAUGCAGUUGGGAAAUCUCAUGGAUGCAGUGAAUGUGGGAAGGUUUUGUCCUCUCAGUCAACUCUCAUUAUACAUCAGAGAACCCAUACAGGUGAGAAGCCCUUCAAAUGCAGUGUAUGUGAUAAAGCUUUCACAUCAAAGGCACAUCUUAUUGUCCAUCAGAAAAUUCAUACAGGAGAGAAACCAUAUGAAUGUUCAGAUUGUGAGAAAGCCUUCUCCACUAAGGCACAUCUUAUGAUUCAUCAGCGAAUUCACACAGGAGAGAGACCAUAUGGAUGCUAUGAAUGUCAACAGGCUUUCAUCCAGAAGUCAGGUCUCACUAACCAUUUGCAAAAUUGUCAUGCGAGAGUGAAAUCUCAUGGAUGCAGUGAAUGUGGAAAGGUUUUGUCCUGUAAAUCAACUCUCAUUAUACAUCAGAGAGCCCAUACAGGUGAGAAGCCUUUCAAAUGUGGUGUAUGUAAUAAAGCCUUUACGGCUAAAUCCUAUCUCACUGUACAUCAGAGAAUCCAUACAGGAGAGAAACCAUAUGAAUGCUGUGAUUGUAAGAAAGCAUUUGCUACUUUGUCAACUCUAAUUGGUCACCGGAGAACUCACACAGGAGAGAGGCCCUAUGGAUGCAAUGAAUGUCAAAAAGCCUUCUUUCGGAAGUCAGCUCUUACUAAUCACCAGAGAACUCAUACAGGAGAGAAGCCGUACAGAUGCCCUGAAUGUCAGAAAGCUUUCAGUACAAAAUGUCAUCUCACUCUACACCAGAGAACUCAUACAGGAGAGAAACCUUAUGGAUGUAUUCAGUGUCCGAAAUCUUUCAGAACAAAGUAUCAUCUCAUUCUACACCACAGGACUCAUACAGGAGAGAAACCCUAUGAGUGCAAAGAGUGUGGAAAAGCUUACAGGGAGAAGACAAAGCUCAGAUUGCAUUGCAGAACGCAUACAGGAGAGAAACCUUUUGAGUGUAGUGACUGUGGGAAAAGUUUUAUGCAGAAGUCAAACCUGAUUAUCCAUCAAAGAACUCAUACAGGAGAUAGACCCUAUGGAUGUAGAGAAUGUGAGAAGACCUUCUGUAGUAAGUCUCAGCUUGUUGUUCACCAGCGAACUCAUACAGGAGAAAAAUCGUACGAAUGCAAGGAAUGUGGGAAAGCCUUCAAUAAAAACUCGCAUCUCCUGACACAUCAGAGAAUUCAUAGAGGAGAGAAACCUUAUGAAUGCAGUGAGUGUGGAAAAGCUUUUGUAUACACAUCACAGCUUAUUGUACAUCAGAGAAAUCAUACAGGAAGAAAACCUUAUGAAUGCAAGGAAUGUGGGAAAGCCUUCAAUAAAAAGUCACACUUCAUAACACAUCAGAGAAUCCAUACGGGAGAGAAGCCUUAUGAAUGCAGCGAAUGUGGAAAAGCUUUUAUAGACAAUUCACAGCUUAUUGUUCAUCGAAGAACUCACACAGGAGAGAAACCUUAUGAAUGCAAGGAAUGUGGGAAAGCCUUUAAUAAAAAGUCAUCCCUCAUAACACAUCAGAGAAUUCAUACAGGAGAGAAGCCUUAUGAAUGCAGUGAAUGUGGAAAAUCUUUUAUAGACAAGUCACAUCUCAUUGUCCAUCAGCGAACUCAUACGGGAGAGAAACCCUAUGAAUGCAGUGAAUGUGGGAAAGCUUUCAUACGAAAGGCAAUGCUCAUUGUCCAUCAGAGAACACAUACAGGAGAAAAACCCUUUGUAUGUCUUGAAUGCCAAAAAGCCUUUAGCAGUAUGGCAAUGCUCAGUAGACAUCAGUUGAUUCAUACAGGAGAGAAACCCCAUGGAUGCAAUGAAUGUGGAAAAGCUUUCCGCAAAAAAAGCCAUCUUAUUAUCCAUCAACGGUGCCAUACUGGAGAGAAACCCUAUGGAUGUGUUCCAUGUGGUCAGAUCUUCAACCAGAAGUCCCAGCUCAUUAGACAUCAGAGACGCCACACAGGAGAGAAACCGUAUCAGUGCACUCAGUGUGGAAAAGCCUUUUUUGAGAAAUCAUACCUCAGUGUCCGUCAGAGAAGUCACGCAGGACAGAAACCUUAUCAGUGUAAUGAGUGUGGGAAAACAUUCUCUGUUAAGUUCUUUCUCACCUCACAUGAGGAAAUUCAUACAGGAAAGAAAUCUCAGGAACACAGUGAGCACUGUAAAGACUUUAGUGAGAUGUCAGAUCUCACUGAAUACAAGAGAAAUCACACAAGACACACCCUAUGAAUGCUGUGAAAGUUAGGAUACUUUUGGUCAGUGUCAGUUUCAGAAAACUUAUCCAGGAGAGAGAUCUUUUAAGUGCAGUGAAUAUAAGA